AGGCUAUUAUCAAUGAAGCCGUUGGCUUACUUGGUGGCAGAAAACGGGGCAUUUAUCCAGUCAAAGAAGGAGGUGGAACACGUUCAUCGAAAAAACAUUUUCGGGCCUAUGAAUGCGAACCGAAAAAGUCUUAUAUUAUUCCAGUGAAUUCAAAACCGGACAAGGUCAUGAAUAUACGUGUCCCGAAAAUGGGCUUAAAUUCACUGCGUAAAAUACUGAUAUCAAAAUUGGAUAAUGAAUCAGAGAGUAAACUGAUCGAAUUGUACAAGGAAAAUGUUGGAUUUUGGUCAAAACUAGGCUUGGGUGCACUAGAAAUAUUGGAUGAUAUUGGCAUACCAGUUGUUGAAUCGACGUUGAAUGAACAGGAAAAUGCAAUAUACAAGCAAGUUAAAAAUGGUGAAAAUCCGCUAGUGAAAACUGGUGCAUCUCUUUUACCAUUGGCUACGCCAGUGGCCGCUGCCGUUAUGAGAGCUAUGGUCGAUAAGUUAUUUUCUUCGAACAAUUAA